AUCCAUCGCUCCGCUGGGAAGGCAUCGUUUUCAUAAUUCCCGUCGUUACAGUCAACUCGAUUGCACCAUACUCGCUCUGAACAUAUUGCACAACAUGCGCUUCAUGAUUCCACAGCUCUUAGCAUUGGCGGCCUCAGCUGGGGCUGUUGGUAUCGCUGUUGUACUAAACAAUUCAAAAGAACCUGUUUACGUAUGGUCUGUUGGCGGCUCAGUCGGUCCCCGUCAUGAUAUUAAGGCUGGUGGUAUCUACUGGGAACAAAUGCGUCGCGAUGAGAAGUCUGGAGGUAUUGCAAUCAAAAUUACAAAAACCGGGGAUGGUCUGUACACAGGCGCCCCUCAGCAGGUAUGGGCAUAUAACCUGGAUGGUGCUUCGGUCUGGUACGACCUCAGUACCGUCUUUGGGGAUCCGUUUGCUGGUAGCCGUUUAGAAGUUGCUGGAGAUAAUGGGGGUCUCAUCGUAUGGGCAAACGGGACUCAUCCGGGAGGUAGCCAGGUCGCGUCGGCCCCGAGCGAGGGAAACAUAUUUCUCACUAUCGAUCCUGCUGCUUGAGCAUUAAAAGAUAGCUUGAAGGUGCAAGGGACUAGAACGCCCGAGAAUGGCUCGGUGGAAUUGUCUAAGUGUCACUGCCCCAACGGCACGUGUGCCGUUGAUGCCUCACAGUAGAGCAACGUGAUGAAGCGACAUCUGUGAAAGACUUAUCAGACAUGUUCAAGUCAAUCGAGUUUAUGCUCACGUCGUACGGCCGUUGGAACCGCCCAGAAAGUAUUUCGAUAGUCGGACAGCUAGCAGCGGUAUGGUGG